AUCGUCCCUGAUGCUAAAAGAAGAAUUUCUCUUUUCGGAAAUAAGCUUUUGCCGGAUUUUUAUGAAAGCUUCAAAGUAAGGGCUGGAUCUAAUGUUCAGUUGAUGAAAAGAAUGUUCAUCGCUGAAAGGGACAGACAGUAUAACAUUACAAUGGACAUUGAGCAGCUGGAAAAUAGGUUUCAGUAUCUAUUGUCCGACAAUCCAGCCUGUGCCGGUAGAUUUCUCUGUGAUGACUACAAGCCAAACCCACAUGAUGACCGUAAUAUCACUAGAUGUAAAAAUGAGGCAAAUGAAAUCAAGCUUAAGCUUCAAGCCAUCAAAGAUAAGAUAUCAAAACACGACGACAGCCUCUUCUCUGAAAACACUGGUAAACUCAAAACUGGACUGAGCUGCCAUCACAGCUUCAAUAAUGACAAACGUUAUCAUGUAACAUCUAGUAUCGAGAAGGCUGUUAAUCGCUUGAUUGAAGAUUUAGACAAAACAUUUGCUAAGUACCGGGGUGCUUACCACAUUGGCUCAAAAUCUAAAACUUCUGAAGCCAGAAAGAGAAAGGAGCAGAGAAAAAAAUCAAAGAACAGGAGAUUGAACGCUUUAAAUAACAGACGAAAAAGAGCUUGCAUUAUAUUUAGAUCCUUGGGAGGAGAGCCUGUUGAACUUUGUUAUGAGCCAGAGAUAUAUAUGGAAUUCAGCAAAUCGAUUCAGUCGAUGAAGAAACAUUACUUUUAUUCACAUCAAAAACCGACAAAUCUUGUCUACGAGAUCUGUUUGAUUCCCAUUGUUUUAUGGGGGAAGCUGAAAAACAAGUUCAUGAUUUUUGCUUUACAUAAGAUCAGCUCAAUUAGUUAG